AUGCUGUACGAAUUGUUCUUUAUCCCCUUCUACGUCAUAUAUACCUACUCUUCACACAUUGAUAAGAAUAAUUCCGAUGUUAUUAUUACUUAUGAAGGGCACAAUGAAGCUGAAAGGGUCCUGAAACAAGGAGACGUGAUACUAAAUGAAGAUAGUAAGUACACAACGGAAGACACGAGUUCUUUUCAAACGGAACCGAACGAUAUCGUCUUUAUACCUAACGAACGGGAGGUCGUAAGAAACGAAGACAAACAUGUAAGAAUUGACGAUUUGAUGCAGAAAACAAACAUACAUAACAUAAUGAAAGUAUCCACUAAUACUGAGUCACCUACCGAAGACAUAAUAUUUAUAUCUGGUAAAAACAAUGAAAAUGUCGAAAAGACAGUCCAAGAGAAGCCCCAGGUUAAAUCGAACCCAGCCAAGCCGAUAAGGAUAGACUGCACAAAUUUGGAUUGCAACAGCACGAUGCAGUCCGUUUGCGGUGAAAAGGAGGAAGACAGGAAGCUAAGAUACAGGGUGUUCUUGAACGAAUGCUAUUUUAGAAAGGUGAACUGCGCUUUUAAACAUCAAAACAACCGGUAUAGAUCCGUGUCUAUGGAGUAUUGCAAGAACAUUGGCGGCAGAGUCUUGCCAAAACCUUACAUGUCUAAGCCUAGUGUCGAAAUCAAGUUGGAUACAAGAAGGUUUUCAUCUAGGAGGACGUUAAACAUGGGCGUGGAUGGUACAUUCUGUGGUCACGCGUGUCCAACGCAUUGCACUGAAGAAUACGAUCCACAGUGUGCAGUAUCCGCCAGUGGCGAAUGGCGAGUCUUCGUUAACCACUGUCAGUUGGAUUUUAAUUCAUGUCUACAUGGGGCUGUUUGGCAAAGGCGCCCUCUAUCGGAAUGCGUCGGCGGUAAAAAAGCCGACAUGAGACAGAACAGAGGCUUCAUAGGGUGGCUGCAAAGGGUUGGCAUAGUUGACAAGAGAGGGAAACUGGUGUUAUCUAAAUAA